AUGGCAGUUCCAUCGACAACGAAUAUUCCUAAGGAGACUGUAUCACAUCUGGAUACUGCCCCUAUUCCUAAGCCAGGGGUUCUUUUGCAAGUCAGAGCAGGAAGAGUCAAGAAAGGUGCCCUAGGAGGCGAAAUCACAUCUGCUAUCUACAAACAGCGACAUGACGGACCAAUAUUCUGUAGCGCGACUGGUGUGCUAGGCGACGAACACGCUUCCAGCAGACACGGCGGCACAGAACGUGCAGUGCAUCAGUAUAACCCAGAUCAUUACCCAGACUGGCGAGCCGAGAACCCACCAGAGCCAUAUCUAUACGAUGUCGGAGCAUACGGCGAGAAUCUUGUCACUACGAACAUGAAUGACGACAAUGUGUGUAUUGGCGACACAUACCAGCUCGGUAAAGACGUUGUUCUCGAAGUCAGCGAACCACGACAUCCAUGCUUCAAACUCAACUCCCGAUUCAAAUGGCCGCGAGCCCUAAAACGAACAAUACGAACAGGACGAGCAGGCUGGAACAUGCGAGUCUUGAAGACAGGCAAUAUCUGCAAAGGAGACACAAUCUCUUUGCUAGAUCGACCAUAUCCCAAGUGGUCUGUGUUGAACGUUCAGCGCGUCAUCAGAGCAAGGGAUGUCUCCCUGAAUCUGCUGGCGGAAUGCACACAGCUUCCUACGACAGAUCUCUUUCUGGAUAUUGCAAAAGAGAGAUUGAGGAGUGCUCCAAAGACAUACACUCUGGUCGACGCUCGCCUCGUCGCUCAGCGUGUUAGGAAGCUCACAUUUACCUUGAAAGAGCCUUUAACUCUUGUCAACCCCGCGUUCGACCCUUACGCCUUUGCCCAGAUCACAUUCGGACGCGAAACAAAAUUCGAGCGCUCUUACUCGAUUGUCGACGGCGAUAUCUAUAAGUUUAGCCUGGGCGUGUCGCUCGAUCGACAAUCACGAGGAGGUUCGGCCUAUCUACACAACGAGUUGAAGAUCGGCGACGAGAUUGCAAUGUUCCCUGGGACAAACCCUUCUGCACGAGAAAACGACGAUAAAUGCGACCAGAGCUUGACGCGUAUCCUGAUCGUUGGAGGGAUCGGGAUAACAGCUUUCCUCCCAUCGAUGCGUGAUUGGGAGAGCAAAGGCCUACCAUACCAUCUACAUUACGCCGUUCGAAGUCUUGAAGAGGCCGCCUUUCUCGAUCAACUUCCCAAAAACAAAAUCGCUUUGUAUUGUCGAUCAGACGGUGAACGACUCGAUAUUAGAAACGUCAUACCGAAGCCCAGUCUUAAUGGAACAUACAACGCACGCAUAUUCUCCUGUGGACCUUCAUGCAUGAUGAAAGAAUGUGCAAAUAUUGCCAAUGAACUUGGGUAUCCAGAACAUAUGCUACAUUUCGAAGAUUUUGGCAAUGGUGGAGGUGGCGAUCUGGGAGAUGCCUUUGAAGUCCAAGUCGAUGAGCCGGAUUCCAACAGACACGAAACGAUGACGGUUCCUCCAAACAAGACCCUACUAGACGUGCUCAACGACGCGGGGUUUGAUAUAUUGUACUCGUUGGCAAUUUGCGAGGGGAAGGUUGAGUAUAAGAGCACGGCGCUGCUUGAGAAGGAAAAGGGGCGGGCGUUACAGGCUUGUGUUGAUCGUGGUAUUGGGAGGCUUAAGAUAGAGAUAGAUUAG